UUAACCCAGAAAAUGUAAAUUUCCCAAAUCUGCCCAAUUUGCAAUGCAGAUGCAAAUGGCAGCAUAUCCUUCACAGGAAUUUAGACCUUUAAAAAAGCCUAGAUUAGGACCGCCAGAUGUAUAUCCACAAGAACCGAAACAGAAAGAGGAUGAACUUACAGAGAAAAGUGUUAAACAUGGCUUCAACAACACACAGAUGUACAACAUGGAUGAGUAUGGGUCAGCAAGAAGAGAGAACAUCAGUGAAGAGAAGUUUGGAUCAGAAUUUAUUGCUUUACUUAACAAGAAGAAAGAAUUCAACACAUUUCAAGAUACCUCUAAAAAGAAACAACAGCCAUCCAAAGAUAAUUUCUGGCCAGCUGCAAAAAACAAGAGUGCAAUGGAAGCAUGGUUCAAAGAUUUAGCUGGGAAUAAACCUUUACAUCAACUUGGUAAAAAGGUGCCAACUUUUAACAAAAAAGAAGAGAUUUUCUCUACACUGUGUGAAUACAACAUACCCAAUUAUAAAUGUGCCUGGUUUAUAAAAAUGACAGGAGCUUACAACCUUGCCAUGCAGGAAAAUAAAACAAAAAAGAGGCAGGCAGUUGACCAGUCUGUUGAAUGGUCCCAUUCCAUGAUGAAAUAUCUUAAUGACCAGCUACAGAAAAUAAACGAGCCUCACCACAGUGCUCCUGGUGGACCAACAUCAGGGUUUCUAACAGUCCAGUCAGUACAACCAGCUUAUAAAGUGGACCAAGAUUUAGCACAGAAACAGUGGCAGUUUGGUUGUAAAUUAGCCAGGCAUUUGUGUGAUGAAGGAUUACUAGACAGACAUGAAUUUCUGACCUGGAUAAUUGACAGUCUUGAGAAACUAAAACAACCUGAUGACACAGUUAUAAAAAUGAUCCUCACACAAGUGUUAGAGUAUUUAGAUGAGAUAACAAUGUCAGUGCUACUGUCCAGGAAGUUAGCACAUUACUCCUGUAAAAAGAUUGCCACACUGUGUAGUGAAUCUGAGUUGUCAGUUCCUAGAACAGAUUCACCUAUGUUGACUGCCAAUGGACAAGGGAUGACUUCAGCCAAUAAUGGACAGAUACUUCCACAACCAAAUCCUCUAAAUGCUGUAUUCCAGCAGUAUAUCAACUGUCCACAGCACCGUGGCAUCGUACUCAGUCUCAGUGCUAUUAUACAAUAUAUUGCUCUACUCUGUCCCACUGCUUUGGUUUGGAAUAACCUCGGGGAGGGACGUAGUACCCAUAUCAUGUGUGCCUCCCCAUUAGACUUGUUACCUUGUCCCCCAUCAGCUCUUCCAAUGCCAGAUAAUCCACAGCGUUCACAGAUAAGGGCCCAGUUAAGGACAUCAGAAAACCAGAUCAGGGUACGAGGAAGAGGUGCAGAAAUGAAAUGGUCAUCUGAUAAAUGUCAACAAUCCACUAGGGGUCAUACUAUUGCCAAAGUAUUAGAUGUUCUGGAUACCUUGGACAGACAUAACUUCCACAAAGUACAAACUGACAGCUCCUUAGACACACUGUAUGAUCAAAUAUUUACUGCAAACUUACACAAAGAUGGAAAUGAGACAUUUGGUAGUCUAGAACCAAUAAUAAAUCUUCUGAUUGACUGGGCUGUCAGUACACAAAGGAGUGGGAACUAUAGGGCUGUUGUCGUAGCUAAACUGAUGGAGAAAUUACAGAAUGAACUCAGGAGUGAGAAAUAUGGUGAAUCUGACAUGUUAACUGAUAAGGAUUCAGUAGCAUCAGAUACUUUAGUUCCCAUGGAAACACCUGUCUUUCAGAAUAUUCUGUUCCAGUUUCUGGAUGAAAGAGCAUCUUGUUUAGAUGAGAAUCCAAAUGAGGAAAACAAACAAGGAUUUGCUAAUUUGAUAAUGUUAUUUUGUGAGCUGAUUCGCCAUGAUGUAUUUUCCCAUGAUUCUUACAUGUGCACUUUGAUAUCACGAGGAGAUCUAUCGUCGUCACCUGACCUUAUGUCGUCUAUGACAGAAAGUAUAGAUUUAUCCAGUAUUAAAAGUCAAAAUGAAAGUAUCAGGAAUGAGGUUGAGACAAUAGAUAAUUACCUGAGUCUUUUUGAAAAGCCACAAGAAGAUAUAAAGAUUGACUUUGAUAUUCACAUGGACAGUGACUUUGGUAGUUUAUUUGGCCCUGUGGUUAAGGAAGAACAGAAGACUAGUCCAGAACAACCCGCCUCAGUAAAAUCAGUGAAGUCUGAAAAGGAACCGAUAACUGUUCAGAACCAUGAAUCUGUACAAACACCAAAAGGACCAUCAAGGCACAUGUUGUAUGCUCAACAUUUCCCCAUUCCUCAAGAUGAAAUGUCCUCACAUGAAUGUAAUCAAAGGAUGACUGUGUUGUAUGGUGUAGGUAAAGCUAGGGAUGAAGCAAGACAUAUUGUCAAAAAAGUUACCAAAGAGACAUUGAGAUUAUUCAGCAAAAAAAAUUGUAUUGAUGUCAGCAGUGGAGAUCUUGGUAAAAAUAAGAAGAAGAAAGAUAAAGAACUAGGAGAGGCCAGUUCAGUACAGUCGGCUACUAAUUUUGAAAGUAUUUUUGAAGGGAUUUUUAACAAAUUUCAGAAACUGUCGUAUUAUGAUCAGCAUGUUGUAACUCAUUCAUGUGUGACAGCUGUUCUAGAACAGAUAAAUGGCUUUGUGAAUGAAAACUCGGAUUACCUCCCUUUAGUAGAGAAUAUAUCUUUCCUUAUUGAUCUGAUGGAAUAUUCAUGUAAUAUUUAUGGCUUGCUGGAGUUUUCUGUUCAGCUAUUGAAAGAUCUGAGUAGUGCAGAUGACAAAUUAGUAGAACUGAAGUCUAGCUUACGAGGAAGCUACACUACGUCCCUAUGUCUCUGUAUAGUUGGUGUGUUUAGAAAAUAUCAUGCCUAUCUACUGGUGUCUAAUGAUCUGACUAUACAAGCAUUUGAAGGUUUAAUUGGUGUUGUGAAGAAUGUGUAUAACCCUGCUGACUGUUCCUCAUCAGAACGUUGUAUACUGGCCUAUCUAUAUGAUGCAUAUAGCUCUUGUUGUUACCUUGUUGAGAAAUUUUCUGAGAUGUUCCUGAAUGCCCACCGUAAGAUGAAGAUGACGCUGUACGCUACUACUACUCCACUGGCAUCCAAUUCUUUAUGGGACCCUUCAUUUAUGAUAGAUUUUAUAAAUAAUACAAAAGCUCAUCAUCAACAUGAGUCAAGUGUAAUCAAACAUUUAACAGACACUCCAGCUAAUCGUUAUAGUUUUGUGUGUAAUGCUGUCAUCCAUGUUUGUAAUUCUCCAUCUAUAGAGAGACUCAAUGAGAUUUCCAUUUUAUGUGCUGAACUUACAGCCAGAUAUAAUGCCUUGAGUUCUGAUUGGCUCGGAGUGCUUCAGUCAUUAUGCUGUUCGUCCAAUCAUAGUUGUGGAUUUAUAGAUGUAUUAGCACAAUGUGACGUCAGUGAUAUGUCAAUACACAACAACUUGGCUGUAUUUACCACCAUUUUGGUAGCUAGACAUUGUUUCUCUCUACAAGAUUUAGUUAUCCAUGUUAUACUUCCAUCACUAUUAGCAGUGAAAACAGCUUCAGGAGAUCAGGAUGCUGAACCAGGAGCAAGAUUAACUUGCCAAAUAUUGUUAAGAUUGUUUAAAACAUCGGAUAUGAACACUUUCUCUUGGUGUGGAAAUUAUGGCAAGGCUAACGUGUGCAACAUCAAGUCAUCAUGUGACAAGCACCUGUUGAUAGCAGCCCAUGACAGUAUAUCUGUAGGACCUGUUUUAGCAGUAUUGAAAGCUAUGCUAGUUCUAAGUGACUUGUGUAGUGAUGAGAAUAGAAGUAAAUCUGGAGGAAAGAAAGACAGUAUGAACGAAAGAGAUAUUAUCAGUUCAUUACUCAAUAGUAUUGGAGAUGAUGAUGAUGUAGACAUGAUGCUUGGUACAUCGAAAUGGAAAGGUAAAGAAUCAUCACUGAGUGAUUUUGCACGACAUGCCAUGAAGGAAAUGUGUCGACAGGAAUGGGUACAGGAGAAAUUCCUCAAAGACCCUGAUGCUGUACUUAGUUCAGAUUUACUCCUUGAUCAAAUGUUGUCCACUAAACAGGCUCAGCAAAUUCUGCAUAUGAUCUGUUACCCUAAUGGUGUUCCUAACCAAGUGGAUGGAGCUGAUAUGGAAACCAAGCAGAACAUUCAUAGAGUUCUUCAGAAUCUAAAUCUAUGGGAUUUUAGAGUCUGUGCUCUGGAACUACAGCUAAUGUUCAAACAGUGUAGUGCAAUAUCAGAAACCAAUUACAUUUUGGAUCAAGUAGCAAGAGGGACUAUUGAGUUACUCCAUCAACAGACAGAGACAAAUAAACCCUCCACCUACAGCAUGAUAAUGGAACCAGAACAACAAAACAGAGUAAAGAUGGACAAAGACAGUGUUUGGAUGUUUGGACCGUUGAUAGCAAAGUUACCAAGUCAGGUUCAAGGUCGCAUUUUGAAAUUAGCAGCACAGGUGUUGGAGACUGGGAAUAAUGUCAUAAAUAAAGGAAAAUUUGACAAGGAGAGAAAUCUAAAGAGUAAAUCCCUAUUAGGACACCAGCCUUUCUUGUCACUAGUACUGACCUGUUUAAAGGGACAAGAUGAACAGAGAGAAGGACUUUUAUGUUCAUUACUUCACCAACAGUUCAUCAAUAAUUGUAAAGAUGCAUUGGAUAAAACUCCUGAUGAAUUCAAAGAAAGGCAGAACAUACACGAGGCUUUACAAUUACGACUUUCCUUGGUGGGUGGUAUGUUUGAUACAAUCCAAAGAAACAACUCUAAUACAACAGAUUGGACAUUUUUGUUACUACAACUGGUUACUAGUGGUAUCGUAGACUCUCAAUCUAACAGUGAAUUAUUUACUAACAUUUUGGAUAUGUUGUGUGUACUGAUACAUGGAACUCUUGUUAAUGAUGGAAUGGAAAAAGGAGAAGAAAAUACGAAGGCCUACACAACAUUGAUCAAAAAGCUGAGGAAAGAGUUCAGUGACAAAUUACAGUCGGAGUCAUUAGACAAAAUCAGACAGUUACUUCCCCUUCCUAAGCGAUAUUAUGAAGUUAUUGUUUGUGAACCCCAUGGCACACAAGUUGAUAGUAAAGGCAAUAAAUAUGAUGGAUUUGGCAAAAAACAGGGAUUUCAAGUAUCAAAGAAGGAGAGGAUCAGUCCGUGGGAAGUUAUAGAGGGAUUUAAAUAUCCACCACCUUUAUCAUGGACAUUCUUUGGUGCCGUUAGGUUAGAGAAGAAACCGCUGAAAUAUGAGGAACAACACAGAGUACAACUAUACCAUACACAUGCAUUAAGGAAGAAUCUUAGCUAUUUCUUAGAACCACCAAACUUGCCACCCGAAGAUUUAGAACCUCUUCAAGAGAAAGUGGAAGAAAAGCCUAAAGAACCAACAGAAACAGCUGUUGUAGAUAAGAAAAGACCAAAGAAGAAACCAAAAAGAUCCAACAGUGGAAGUGGUGGAGGUUUCAUCCAGGCACCGAUGGGUGGAUAUGGGAGCCGUAUGGACUACCAACCAGGACCACCUCCAAGUUGGGGAUCCAUGCCACAACAGCCAACCCAACCUAAUUAUUAUUCUCCAAUGGCCCAAGGUCCAGGGCCUAGAUUUGCACCUUCACCAUAUAAUUCCAAAGCAGCCAUUCAGUCUAUGUUACGUGGGAGGGGGAAUACCUACCCUAUGGGAGGAACUACUCAGCCAUCGUUAAAACAACUCCAGAUGAUUCAGCAACAACAGCAGUCUCAGAUGGUCAGAGCACAGAUAAGAAAUCAAGUCAAUCGUAUGUCUGAAAUGACUCCAUAUGCUCGACAGAUACCUGGGCCAGGAAUGCACUUAAAUCAACAACCAGGAAUAAAUCAGAACUAUAAUCAACCCUACAGUAUGCCUCCACAACCAGCUGCAACAGGGGAUAUAACAGGAAGCCAGAUUAUGCCACAGGGCUUUAACCAAUCAUAUCAGAGCUCUCAGAAUCCUACUAUGUUACAGCCAAUGGGGAAUCAACAGGGAUACAUGUCACAACAACCCCAUCAACAGCAGUUUAAUACAAGAAUUCAACCUGGAAUGCAGAAUCCUAAUACUGGAAUGUCAAAUAUAUCCAAUUAUAAUCAGAUGGGAAUGACACCAUCUCAAGGUCAAGGGACAUUUAUGCAACAGCGCAUGGUGAGGACACAACAACAAAGACAACAAAUAUUACAACAACAAUUAAGAAUUCAACAACAACAACAGAUGCCUCAGCAGUCAACACAGCCACAACACAAUGCUAAUCUGAUGGCACAACUACAACAACAGAUGGGAGUACGACAGCAACCCAACAAUGCCUAUAAUCAGUAUCAACAACCUCCACAGUAUUAAACAUUCAAAUUCUCCUUUAACAAAUUGACAGUAGAAGAAUUUAUUGUUUUUAGUAUUAGAGAUGCUAGGAGAAUUAAGAUCCCAGUAACAGUUGAACUAUUUCUUCAGUUUAGGGAUUGGAGUUUGUUGAUGUUAUAAUCAGUAAAAACAUACCUACUCUGUGUUCCAGGUUUAAGGACAGUUAUAGAAUGGCUAUUGUAAUCAGUUUUCAUACCGUGAUGACAAGUAUAUAAACACAACAUGUCUAUAGACAAUAUAAGGACAUUACUGCUGUCUGUAGUAAGGUCUUCUGAGGGAUAAGACAGCACUCUAAACAUACCUGAUCAACAGCAGCCAUUAUGGGACUUAUAAUGAUAUCUACUUGUGUCUAUGUGUUAGUUUAUAUUAUUUAUCAUGAUGCAAUCUGCUGAACAACUCAAAAUGAUUUUCAUAAUUAUUCUCUUAAAGUUUGUUACAAUAACUUUUGUGUUUAAGUUUGUUACAAUAGUUUUUGUAGCUGAAAUUACCACAAAUCAGAAGUUAAGAAAUAAAUUUUAUUUUUUUUUAUUUUUUCAGAUUAAUUUUUCAUUUGAAUAUUUAUGGGUUCAUUUUUGUGGUGGACAUACAGUUCACUGAUAUCUUUCAUCAUUCAUUAUCUUUCAUUCAUUGAAGAAAUAAACAUUAAAAUAAAGACUGGAAAAAAUUUAUUCUGAUCUUAAUAUACUCUUUCUAAAAAAAUAUUUGAAAGGAAAUGUGUUUUUCUAUCAGAAUGUAAGGGAAUGAAAUGUUACACUUUGGACCAAACAGAUUUUAUUUGGACAUAUGUUUAAAUAAUAGACGCAUAAUGGUGCUUUUAAUAAGCUUUAAAAGUACUCAAUAAAUAUUUGUACAUAUGUAUUGUAAAGUUUGAGACUUGUAAGAUAGUACAUGUAUACGAAAAAAAGACCUGAAUUAUUUGUUAAAUGUACUUUUAAUGUGGGAAAGUUUUUCAAUCCAAAAUAUGUACCAUUUACACUGUAUAAAAAUUCAGACAGAAUCACCUCAUACCAUGUGGAUUACUGGUAAUAGUGCACCUACUUUUCUUAUGUUUUUAUUAGAUUGAUUUUAAUGAUGGUUCCCAUAGCAAGACAAGACAUUUCAUAUUUUAAACAUAAAGGAAAUAUUUUUAAUGCAAAAUCUCCAAGAGCCUACAUUGGUUUGCUACAAAACUUGAGAGAAUUGCUUCAUACCAUUAGCAGUUUGGCAUUUCAAAGUUUAGUGCAGAUUAGAUAAUGUUUGUCAUGUCAAGAAUGUCACAAAGCAUAGCACCAAACAUAAAGAUUUCUGAUAAGAUCCUUUUUAGAAUAAGUACCUAUUAUAAAAGAUUGAUAUUCAGCAUACAGCUGCAUCAGAAUAAAAGGUCCUAUCCCCAGUUAUCUACAAACCACUUUAAAAUUAUAUGUUAAGUUACUAAUAAGGUGUGAUGACAUAGAAGUAUCAAUAUCAUUGAUAUAUGGUUUGCUGAGGUCAUUGAUAUAUGAUAUGCUGGGGUCAUUGAUAUAUGAUAUGCUGAGGUCAUUGAUAUAUGGUAUGCUGGGGUCAUUGAUAUAUGAUAUGCUGGGGUCAUUGAUAUUUGAUAUGCUGGGGUCAUUGAUAUAUGGUAUGCAUUGGUAUAUGGUAUGCUGAGGUCAUUGAUAUAUGAUAUGCUGAGGUCAUUGAUAUAUGGUAUGCUGGGGUCAUUGAUAUAUGAUAUGCUGGGGUCAUUGAUAUAUGGUAUGCUGAGGUCAUUGAUAUAUGGUAUGCUGAGGUCAUUGAUAUAUGGUAUGCUGGGGUCAUUGAUAUAUGGUAUGCUGGGGUCAUUGAUAUAUGAUAUGCUGGGGUCAUUGAUAUUUGAUAUGCUGGGGUCAUUGAUAUAUGGUAUGCAUUGAUAUAUGGUAUGCUGAGGUCAUUGAUAUAUGGUAUGCUGGGGUCAUUGAUAUAUGGUAUGCUGGGGUCAUUGAUAUAUGGUAUGCUGAGGUCAUUGAUAUAUGGUAUGCAUUGAUAUAUGGUAUGCUGAGGUCAUUGAUAUAUGGUAUGCAUUGAUAUAUGGUAUGCUGGGGUCAUUGAUACAUGAUAUGCUGAGGUCAUUGAUAUAUGAUAUGCUGAGGUCAUUGAUAUAUGGUAUGCUGAGGUCAUUGAUACAUGAUAUGCUGAGGUCAUUGAUAUAUGAUAUGCUGAGGUCAUUGAUACAUGAUAUGCUGAGGUCAUUGAUAUAUGAUAUGCUGAGGUCAUUGAUACAUGAUAUGCUGAGGUCAUUGAUAUAUGGUAUGCUGAGGGCAUUGAUAUAUGGUAUGCUGAGGUCAUUGAUAUAUGGUAUGCUGGGGUCAUUGAUAUAUGGUAUGCUGAGGUCAUUGGUAUAUGGUAUGCUGGGGUCAUUGAUAUAUGAUAUGCUGAGGUCAUUGAUAUAUGGUAUGCUGAGGUCAUUGAUAUAUGAUAUGCUGAGGUCAUUGAUAUAUGGUAUGCUGAGGUCAUUGAUAUAUGAAAUGUUGUUGCAUUUAAUCAUUUCAAGCGGAAUGAUAUGAUCCACCACUAAGACAUUGUAUUUUAAAUUUAUUUAAUAUUCCAAUGUUUAAGUAGUAAUUUGUAAAUUGGUCAAAAGCUAGGCAUUAAUAAGUAAGGAGGAAGAAAUAGUUUUUUUUUCCAUUUCAUUUCUAGCUCAUUAUUCAGCCUGAUAUUGAAUUCUGACUUUAGAAUAUCUAUUUUCUUUGUUUUUCAAUGAGCAUGGUUCAAUAUGUUAAGUGAUUUUAAUUAUUGUAUUGUACAUGUGUAUAUAUAUUUAUUUUAAUUCAAAACAGUGUAAGAAUGAGAUUUAUAAAAGCAGUGAUAUAUGAAAAAAUGUACAAAACAAACUUAUAAAAAUGAAUUGUCAAUUAAAACUGGGAGGUAUGAUACGAGCAAUUAAUUUGCGUUUGUAGUUGCUAGAAUAAUAAAAUUUUUCAAGCUUUUAAAAAGUAUAUUUAUUAUAUUGAUAAAAAAAACACGUCCAUAUAAUCUAGGCAUUUUAGUACAGAAGGAUCACUUGAGAUGUCAUAAACAUGUCGAAAUUGACAGAUUUGCCCUAAAUAUUUUGGUCAAAAAUAGAUACAAGUAAGUGCUUAACCAAAAAGAUAAUUUACACAGAUAAACAUCUUUGAAAAAUGCAUCUUGCAGCAAGAUAUCUUUAUUUUUAAGCUUGGCUCAUAUCUAAAUAUAAAUGACAAGAUUUUAAAAUGAGACUAAUUUGCAGUUUUUGGCCUUUUUGCUCUUAAUUCAAGAAGUUUGACGCCCUAUUGCAAUGUGUAAGACAAAACUGAAAAAUAUGAGUACUGAUAUCUGAUAGUCUUAUUUUAAACAUAUAAAGCAUGUUAUUUGAUCCAUUGAUAAUAGUUUUGUUUUUUGAAUUCAAGGGGCCUAAAAAUUGGCCUUAUCAUACCUUCUACUUUGUGCUUUAUCAUACCAAUAUCAGUACAUGUAUAGCAUUUCUUGCAUAUUUGUAUCUGAUUAAAAGUUUAAAUCCAUAUCCUAAACUUUACAAAUAAGUCACUUUGAAUCACAUCACUUGUAAAUGUCAUGUUCCAUUUAAUGAUCUUCACACACACACACACACACACACACACACACACACAUAUAUAUAUAGCAGUUGCUGAUGGUGACUGUCUAAUAUAAAAUAUGUUAAUUAACCAUAAAAUGAUAUGGCUUCUUUCUUAUAACAUUUUGAUACUUCCUUCAUACAAGACUCUUCCUUCAUACAAGACUCUUUAAUCAAAACUUUAAGACUGAUAUGUGAUGUGAUUAUUAUCAGUAAAACAUGCAACUCAUGAAUUUAAGAUACGUUAAUCAUCCCAAAUUUUACAUUUUUGUUUAAUGUUAAAUGUUGUAUCUAUAAAUCAGUAACCAUUAUUACAGCUAUAUUAAUGAUUUUGUAAUUAUUUAUUUACUGUAACAUUUAUGAUAUUUAAUUGUUUUCUAAAUGUAACAUUAUGAACAUUGUUAGUGUUAUGAAUAAAUGUAUUUAAAUGUU